GUACUGACCGAUACUGCCCACAACCUGAUAAGCCGGCUUUUAGAUUCCUCGGACAGUCGUGUCAACGUGUAGAAAGAAAAUAUCAAAUCACAAACACACUGAGAGAUUUGAAGCUUUGAACUCUAAUUCUCACAAUCUCACUACUACUUGUGCUCUUUCUCUCCAAAGAUGCCUCAAGGAACGCUUGAAGUUCUUCUCGUCAGCGCCAAAGAUCUCGAAAACACCGAGUUUCUCUCCAAGAUGGAUCCCUAUCUCAUUCUCACUUGCCGGACACAGGAACAGAGAAGUAGUGUAGCAUCAGGUCAAGGAUCUGAACCACAAUGGAAUGAGAGCUUCGUUUUCACAGUCAGUGAUGGUGCUUCAGAACUCAAUCUGAAGAUAAUGGACAAAGAUACUUUCACUAAGGAUGAUUUUGUUGGAGAAGCAACCGUUCCUUUAGAUCCACUGUUCACUGAAGGAAGUCUCCCACCAACUGCAUACAGUGUUGUCAAGGAUGGGGAAUAUUGUGGAGAAAUUAGAGUUGGCCUGACUUUCACUCCAGAGAGAAGUAGUAGUCGGGAGUGCUGUGAAGAGGAGCAGAACUAUGGUGGAUGGAAAGAAUCCUCCGAGGAGGAAAGGUAUGGUGGACGGGAACAAUCAUCUUACCAGGAUUGAGCUUCAGCUUUACUGAUUCAUACUACCUUAUGUUUACAGUGUGAGAUUUGUUUAUCAGUCACAGAUGUUGGAAAAAUCUUCAGAAAUUCCUUUGCGUUGCGUCAUUGUGCCAUACCUGGUUAUGCUUCGAGUUGUUAGUUGAACCAUUGGUUUGUAUGGAAAAAAAUCAUCUUAUGAAGAUUGACCUUGCACUUUGCUGGUCCACAAGUACUUUCUGUUUUAAAUUAGUUGUUCACCAAUUACCUAAUGUACUUGAAUGACCAAGAAAAGAAAUUUUUAAGUC